CAACUACCAAGACCGUGUCUUCUAGAGGCUCGCAACAGAGUCCUGCUCCUCUGCAUUUUUAUUGCUCCGCAGCUUCCUGACAAUGGUAUAGCCCCGGAAAUAAGUCCUCGUCAUGGCUCCCGCGCAGUCCUUCGUUACCAGCUAUCCCCCGCGACUCCGUCAAUACGCCAAUACCCUACUCCAACCUGUCCUCCAAACCCAGAAUGUAGGCCCAGGAAGUCGCACAACGAAACGAGGGACCACGAUCAUAAACUAUGCCGACGACGCCUACGAUGAUGACGACUUCGAAGACAGCGAAAAUUCACGACGCCCAACGGGCCUGCGAUCGUUACGAAGGGAAGAACUCGACAAAAGAGAGCCCCAACAUGAAAAGUUAGGAAAAGAGUUGCAUGAACCCCUGGACCUGCAGCCCAUAUACAGGGACUGGAUACUUAGGAGGACCGUCAGGCCCCAGUACGUUCAGGAUUUUCUCAUGUCUAACCCCGACUAUUUCAAAGACUCCGUCCCGUUCAGGCACAGUCCAUGUAUUGACCCGAUACCUAUGCGAUGUAGGACCGACUGCCAGGCCCAUAUACAAGCCCAGCUACCCUUGACGCUGAUACCCAUUCGGAUCGAUCUCGAUGUGCCCCAGCACCAGCCAGAUGCACCGUAUCCCCUGCCCUCGCAGGCGAUGGCCGCUGGCCUCAACCCAGCACUUCCAGUCUUCAAGCGACCCGAGCCCACCCCAGCUUACAAGAUACGAGACAUAUUUCUUUGGAACCUUCAUGAGGAACUACUGACCCCAGAUGAUUUCGCUUUGAAUUUCGUCCGAGAACUUGACUUGCCCAAUCAGACCGCGCUUGCCAUGAACGUAAGCCAACAGAUCCGAAAUCAACUCGAGGAUUAUGCCGGGGUUGCCAUGCAUCCGCUGUUUCAUACCCAGGGAAAGAGAUCACAGAUGCCAGAAGUGAAUAAUGCUGGCACUCCGUCAGCGGUGGUCAAUGGCAGUUCUCGCGAUGGAACUCCAAGACCUAUUAGAGGUGCUUCAAUAUCGCGGCCUGCAUCGACAGCACCUGCCACACCUGCACCUUCAACACCUCGGCAAAUCACACUUGCUAAUGGCGCAUCAGUAACAGCCGUUGCUUCUCCACUGCCAGCAGAGCCUGUCAUUAUACCUGAUGACCCGACUGAAGACCUGUCUCUGAACCCGGACGAUUCAUUUCGGUGCAUCAUAACAUUGUCGAUUUACCUCUCCUCGAGGCUUUACCAAGAUAAGUUCGAGUGGUCCCUCUUGCACCCUCCUGGUGCAGCCGAGGCAUUCGCUAAGCAGACAUGUGCGGACAUGGGCCUGAAUGGCGAAUGGGUUAUGGCCAUCACUCAUGCAAUUUACGAAGCAGUCCUGAGAUUGAAGAAGGAAGCUUGUGAAGGCGGGAUGGUGAUGAUUGGCGGCGGCGCCUGGGGCGGUGGCGAAAUCGACAAUCAAGCGGUGCGAGCUGAAGAAGGUGCUGGUUGGCGAUACGACGUCGACGACUUUGGUGCUGAAUGGGAGCCCAAAUUCGAGGCAUUGAGCAAAGAAGAGAUUGAGAAGCGGGAAGGCGAUCGAGAACGACAACUAAGACGAUUGAGGAGAGAAACAGCGAGAUUCAGCUCGACCGCUGGAAUGGUUCCAUCUGCACGAGAACAAGAAGCCCAAUUACGUGGCAGUUACUUCGACUAUACUGCCGUUGGCGCAGGUGGUGAAGAUACUCCAUCUCUUGGUCGUGGUGAGAGAAGCAAGAAGAAGAGGCGUUUCCGCUCUCUGAGUCCCCUCGGCAAAGCUGGAACUCCCGAGAGCUCUGCCAGUGCUGCUUGGGGCGGCGAGGGUAAUAGGCUGCAAGAGUAUGAAAGACAGACAUGGCGAUGUAAGCAUUGUCUUAUCUGGGGCAAUGCCAUCUGGGCUGUGAGGGAUGGACCACUCGGAGCGAGGACUCUUUGCAAUAAUUGCGGGCUUAUCUUUGAGCGAGACAAGAAAUUACCGGUCUGGGCAGAAGGACUGCACAAACACGAUAUUCCUCUUGGGAGAUAGGCCAUGGUUCGAGGAGUAUGGAAAGGAAAUGAGGUCCAUGUAUUGCAUUGAUGUGGGGCGUUCUUUUUCAAUAUGUUGUUACGGAUCCCUGGAACCUUUCUCCUAGCUGGUCAGGAUCUUUCUCGAAUCUGUUUUACUAUCGGGGCAUCAGUAGGAAGGGCGCUUUAAUCCAGCAGGGUGUUGCAUUGGGAGGCGAUAAAACCUGCACUAUUGGCUAUUUGGGGAGUUCUUGUGUGGCUCAGAGAUACAGUCUUCGCCGAGAGUGGCUAUUAAAUUGCCACAUGAUGGCUAGAGAGCCAUGAAUGAACUUUUAAGACCUUUCCACCG